CAAAUUUUCUUUACUAUAAUUAGACAAGGCCACUGGGCCGAAUUGGUGGAAAAUUAUAUAACUGCGGACCUGCGGUCACAUUUUCUCCCGAGUUGGCCAGGACACUUGCGUCAUGUAACUGGGUUGUUUAGGCGGACCUAUUGCUAUUAGCCCGCAGACUAAACGGGCGGGUUGACGGGCCAGUCUACGGGCCAGGCCAUAUUAGAAAAAUAAAAAAUAAAAAAAUCACUUCACUCGAUGGUUUCAUUCGGAAGACUGAUUUCUGCAUCUCGCCUGCUACUCCUCCCGACGAUCACCUCCGGCAAUCAAUCGAAGGUCAGCGCCUGCUCCCCCUCCAACUUUCGCCCGUCAAUCUUUUAGCCCGUUAUUCAGGUUUCUUUGGUAGGGGCAUUCUGUCGAACACUUUGUGUUCCAUUUACAAACUCCAGCCAUGGAUGUUUAAUAGAGUAGAUUGUGGAAUCUUGGAUUCGAAGCCGAUGAUGGAGGAGACUAUUUUAGUGGGCGAUGAUCUGAUGAUGGGCCCACCAUCACCACUCAUCCCACCGGAAAUAGCAUCCCACGUGCUCGAGGGCGUAGACUUGUGUGAUGGAAUUUUGCGUAAUCUCUUCCUCUGCUUGCAGAUUAACGACAUCGAGCCUUUCUGUCAAGAUGAGAUUGCAUUGUACCGGCACUGCGCAGAGAGGAGGGAUAAGGAACUAAGAGAGAGGCUUCAGGAUAGCGAGAGGAAGUUAGGGAUGUCUAUGCCUUUGGAGCUAGCAAAGGAAAGAUCGAGUCAAUUGGAAGCUGAGACCACACAGUUGGAAAGACGGGUGAUUUUGGCGAGUGGAGUUGAAGGCAUGGAAGGAUUCAGACAGAGAUGGAGCCUCCAUGGUCGUCUUACUGAUACAAAGAGUCGGUUGGUAGCCCUGAAGCAAGGUAUGGAUAACAGAAAGAAAGAUGAACAAGAUGAACAAGCUGGAGAAUUAACUACUAAGAAAAGAUGGUUUUUCUGGUGAAAGAUGGAAUUUUUCCUCAUUUUGUAGAAGCAUUUUAGUCUUUUGCUCCAACUACCAAGAAAAGAUGGUUUUUCUGGUGGAAGAUGGAAUUUUUCCUCAUUUUGUAGAAGCAUUUUAGUCUUUUGC